UGCAACCUUGUGAAUUCGCCAUGCUGUGAGAAAAAAUGUUUAAGCACCAGUAAUGUUCAGACAAUUCAGACCUGUAGAGCUAUGUUCUAUAAAAAGACACAAGAAGAACAGUCAGAUUUCAUUGAAAGAAACAUAAGGUGCAAUGAUGCCAGUUUAGAAGACAAACAGUUGACUUUUGUGCUGACUGGUAGGAGAGUAUGUGAAUAUGCAUGGAGGAUUGUGUAUGGCAUAAAAAGGAGGAGGUAUUACUACAUGAAAAAGAAAUGUAGGUCUACUAAUGAAGAUUUAGACAAUUCUGACAAAAGAUGUAGCCAACAAUACAAGAGUCGCCAGUACCUUGAAGCAAAGAGUUUUGUUACAGGUCUAUGCAAGAGAUAUGGUGAUGAUCAGCCUGAUAUUCUGGAAAUACAUUUGCCAUCAUGUCUCUCUAUACUACAAGUUUGGACAGAUUACAAAUCUUCCUGUGAGAAUUUAGGAUCACCCUUUUUAUCAUACCAGAGGUUCUAUGGAAUGUGGAUUGAAGAGUUUCCUCAUGUUAAGAUUCCAAAGUAUCAGAAGCUCAGCAAAUGUAAUGAGUGCGUAAUCUUUAAAGAGACCAUCAGCAAAAAACUGACAAAGAUCGAUUUGGGAGAGCUGAAGGACAAGAGAAGAGCACACUUGCUUCUUCAAGAAAUCUGCAGGGAAAAAUAUUAUAAACACAUAAAGAAAUCCAAAGAACAUCCAAGCAUGUACACUUCUGUUAUCAUUGACAAUAUGGAUCAGUCCAAAACCAAUCUACCAAGGUUUCCAUUACAUUUUAAGAAUGAAACAACACUUGAAAAAAUGCACCACCAUGUUACAGGUGUUUUAUGUCAUGGAUUAAAUAAGGCAUAUACAUUUACAUGGACAGAUCAGUUUUCCUCUGAUUGCAAUAUCACCUUGAAUUGUUUGAUGUCUGUGUUGGGCGAUGUAGCAACAGAAAAUGGUGGUUUACCUCCUACACUAUAUAUUCAAGCUGAUAAUUCCCCAAAAGACAACAAAAAUAAAUAUGUGAUAAUGUUCCUAGCAAUGUUGGUGAAAAUGGAAAUUGUAAAAAAGAUAAAGCUGACAUUCCUCAUGGUGGGUCACACCCAUGAGGAUGUUGAUCAGUUAUUCAGUAGGAUUUCUGUUAAAGCUUCAAAAGAAAAGACAACAACCAUCCCAAGCCUUUUGGAUCUGAUCAAAAGGUCUUACACACCACAACCUAUUGCAAAGCAUGUAGAAUCACUGUAUGAUUUCCGGGAUCAGAUGGCAUAUCCAUCCAGUCUAGCUGGAAUCAAAAGUCAGCACGUAUUCAAAUUUACAAAGGAUGGAGACAAAGUUUUCUUGGCCAUGAAAGAAUGGCCAUUGGAGUCAGCACCAUACAAAACAUUGGAGCUGACUAAUAUAUUACAGAAUCUCGACAUGCCGAGGAAGGUGGAACCAAACAUGGAAAAGAUUGGUGGUAUCAUACAGUUGAUGAGACGAGAUCUUCCAAAAUGGGUUCAAAAUGGAAAGUUAAACAGAGAAGAUGAACUUUGGUGGAUCAGCUACCUAUCUACCCUCGAGAAAACAAGACGCCCUGCACCAAAGACUCCUUUGCCACAAAAUAUGGGACGUUACAAGAAACCACAACAUGAACAACCAGCUAUGGAAGAGUGA